GGUACAAGGCACGCGAUUUGAGUCGUGUAGGUACACCUCGUGCGCUCAAACGCUUUAUUCCACGUUUUUGGUAAAAGCUGCGAUCAAUGAUGCCGCGCCACAGUGUUUUCGCUCUCUCGAUCCUGGCUCUCUCGAUCACGGCAACCGUUUGGAUACCAACCGUUCAGGCUGAGACUAACCUUCUGCGCAGAGAGUUUUACGGACCCGUUAAUCCGGAAUUGUUCGCAGCUUUUCUCGACGACCAUGAUGCGAGAGGCCGGGAAAAUCAGCGCGACUUCUCUUCUGGAUCGGGCACGAACGAGCUCGUGGACGAGCUAUCCCCAGUCAGCGAACGGGAAACGUUCGAACGUUUCGGGAAGCGGAACAUAGACGAGAUCGACCGGACGGCUUUCGAUAAUUUCUUCAAGCGAAACUUGGACGAGAUAGAUCGCGUCGGUUGGAGCGGAUUCGUGAAAAGGUUGACCAAUUACUUGGCCACCACUGGCCACGGGACGAACACAGGUGGCCCGGUGUUGACGAGACGAUUCGGCUGAAACGAUUCUUAUCUCCCUAGUUGUUAUUACUGUUGUUAUUAUUAUUUCCCCUCCUUUUCUUUCUCGACGAUAUCGAUCGAACCCGCUCUCCCUAUCCUUUCCCCUCCCCACGGUUAAUAAUAAUAAUCAUCAAGGUUUCGACGACGACUCGCUCGCUUGCUUAGAGAACGGACAAUUUAUUUUUUUGGCUGCGGUUCGCCGAGGAGGCGAACCUCUGGCGUCGUGACUAUUCGAGCUCGGCCUUCCGGCAUCGUUUUCCUCCCUAUAUUUUCACGGGGCCCGCACGCGGAAAAUUUGGACACAGGGUUCCGUGCUCCCUCUCUCCUGUCCACCUCAGAGAUCAGCGAAUCCUCCCGAUUCUCGAUGCUUCUCCUCUCGGCGGCAGCGACGAUCCUCUCGAUCUCUGUCCCCACGUCCAUCGGUGUCUCGAUCCUCACGCUCUCCCGGUUCCGAUCCAUUCGCACCAUCUGUUUUUUUUUCGUAUCGAUCGAAAAUGAAAAGAAAACGACAUCGAUCCUCUAACACGACUUCUCGUACCUCGAUCACGUUCUCCUCGAGGCUGGCGAAUCGUCGCAGCACCAUCUCCAAUUUUGAACUCUGCGUCGUCAACCGAUCGGUGACUCGAAGUUCCUUUCCGAUAUCCUCCUUGAUCUGGGGAAAAAAAAUUCCCUAGAGCGGGAGAGUAGAUGGCGCGUGCGUAUACGCGUAUACCUCGUCCAUUCCCUUGGUCACUCGUUCGCCGAUGUAGCGGAGGUUGUCGCGCGCCCGACGGACCUGUCGACACACGGAAAGCUAGGGGGGAGGGGAGGGGAAAUUGGGGUGCGAUCGAUCGAUCGAUCGGAUCACCAUCGAGUAUACGUUACGAUCGUGGAAAAUUCUCUCAUCUCAGCGAUGAUCCUGCGUCGCAACAUCGUAGCCGCUAAAAACUGCGAAUAUUUUUUUUUUUUUAUUAAUUUUUUGAUUCGUAGAUUUUUGAUUAAAUUGUUGGCUUACGCGUUGACAAAUGUACAACAGUAUGACCAGGUUGGUCAGCAUUGGAAUCGCGCUUCCGAGUAAUUGCUCCGCGAGUUGCAUCCUUUUCUUCUUCUUCUUCUUCUUCUUUUUUUUUUUCUUUUUCUAUUUCUUUUUCUUUUUUUCUUUUACCGUUUAAAAAAUUUUUUCAUCCGGACAAAAGAACAUUACGUUCCGAUCAAUCAUUGAACGACGCAAACAUUUUUUUUCUCCCAUAGUAUCGUUGUCGACGCGAUCUUUUCCCUGUCGAAUCUAUCGGAAGUUUGUCGUUUGAAACAAAAUACGAAAAUUCCUUUGUUAACCUUUUCCGAUCAACUUCAUUUCGACCGAUCCGUCGUUGAUCAAAGAGUAUCUCAAAUUUGUAUCGUCCACUUUUAUCCGCAUUGUCGAUGUAUUGUCCUUCUUCGUCAUUACUCUGCUUCGAUAAAGAAUAGUAAAAGGAAAAAAAAAGAAAAAAAAAGCGAUUUUAAAACCAUCGUGUGUAAUCGUAAUAUGUAACCUGCUUAUAUAGUACCGUAUUUCUACACGUCCGCUUCUAACCUCUUCUCUUUGUUUCUUUUUCGCUCAAUUUCGCCUUAUAUCCAUUUAUUUCCGAUAUGAUGUCCAUACGAAUGUGUAUUUUUUGAAAAAUAAAUGUUUUGGCUAAUGUAC